AUGUGCGGUAUCCUCGCCCUCAUCCUCGCGGACACCGCUGCUAUUGCCGGUAUCGAUCUUCACGAGGCCCUCUACCUCCUCCAGCACCGUGGCCAAGAUGCCUGCGGCAUCUCCACUUGUGCCUCGGGCGGUCGUAUCUUCCAAUGCAAAGGAAACGGCAUGGCCGCCAAAGUCUUUCAGGACGGUGCCAAAGUCGCCGAUCUGCCUGGUUUCAUGGGCAUUGCACACCUUCGCUAUCCUACAGCGGGCAGCAGCGCCACUGCCGAAGCACAACCUUUCUACGUCAAUAGUCCCUACGGUAUUUCGCUAGCCCACAACGGAAACCUGAUCAACGCAAGCGACCUGAAGGGAUUCCUAGACUAUGACGCCCAUCGCCAUAUCAACACGGAUUCGGACAGUGAAUUGAUGCUGAACGUCUUCGCGAACGAGCUCAACGAGACGAAGAAGGCCCGUGUCAAUCACCAUGACGUCUUCACUAGUUUAAGCCGCAUGUACGAGCGUUGCCAGGGCGGUUGGGCCUGCACUGCCAUGAUUGCCGGGUUCGGUGUGCUCGGGUUUCGCGACGCAUAUGGCAUUCGCCCAUUGGUUCUUGGCUCGCGGCCCUCCGCUACCUCAGCCUCCGGGAUGGAUUACAUGAUGGCCUCUGAAACUGUCGCGCUGGACCAGCUCGGUUUCUCCAACAUCCAGGACAUUCAACCGGGCCAGGCGGUCAUAAUUCAAAAGGGCGGAACACCCGUCUUCCGCCAAGUCUACCCUCGCCAAGCUUACACACCCGAUAUCUUCGAAUACGUCUACUUCGCCCGUCCAGACUCAGUCAUCGAUGGCAUAAGCGUCUACCGCAGCCGGCAGCGAAUGGGUGACAAGCUCGCGCAGACGAUCGUGAAGUCCCUUGGUGCCCAAGCCAUUGCGGACAUCGAUGUUGUUAUCCCCAUCCCCGAAACGUCAAACACGUCCGCAGCCAGCGUGGCGCGCUACCUCGAUAAGCCGUAUUGUCAAGGCUUCGUAAAGAAUCGCUAUGUGUUUCGUACGUUUAUUAUGCCGGAGCAGAAAGCGAGACAGAAAGGGGUGCGACGGAAAUUGAAUGCGAUGGCUGCGGAAUUCAAGGGGAGGAAUGUACUGCUUGUUGACGAUAGUAUUGUGCGAGGUACGACGAGUAGGGAAAUUGUAACUAUGGCUAGGGAGGCAGGGGCCAAGAAGGUGCACUUUGCUAGCUGUGCGCCUCCCAUUACUCACGCACACAUCUACGGAAUAGACCUUGCCUCCUCUAAUGAACUGGUAGCCCACAACCGUGAUGCAACCUCGAUAGCCCGUCACAUCGGUGCAGACAGUGUAAUCUUUCAAACCCUCUCAGACCUCAAAGAAGCCUGCGCAAAUGCCGGUGCCGAGAACGACCAGAAGGGCAACCGACCGCAGGAUUUCGAGGUGGGUGUAUUUUGCGGGAAGUACGUUACGCCCGUGCCGGAGGGGUAUUUUGAGCGUUUGGAGAAGGUUAGAGGUGCGGGGAGGAUGAUGGAGGUUGUGGAGAGGGCGAGGAGGGCGGUUGUGGAAGGGGUGGCGAGUGAGAGGGGGGUUCUUGUUGCGGUAAAUCGGACUGCGGACGUUGGUGAGGAUGUAUCUGUGGUUGGGGGUAAAGGGGAUGGAGAAAAUAAGGAGGAGGAGGCAGAAGGGAAAAAGGAAUUGGCAAAUGGGAAUGGGAAUGGGAAUGGUUUCGGUGGUAUUGACCUUGAUGUUGGGAGGGUUCCCAUCCAGGUGAUUCCCGGUGCAGCAGUUAGGCCGGGGAUGAUGCAUGAUGAUGCUAGUCAUACGCCGCAGGUUAAGGAGCGGAUGGAUAUUUCAUUGCAUAAUUUUGGUGACUAUUCAUAG